GCUUUAAUUCUCCUUGAAAGGUCAGUGCUAAUGCUCAAGUACUACAGAGUGAGAUUGUUGGUAGUGUCAAAAUGAAUGUCCACCUCACUGGAAUGCCUGAACUGAGACUGGGACUCAAUGAUAAGAUACUCUUUGAGAAUACAGGACGUACUCGCUCUAAAGCUGUUGAGCUUGAAGAUGUCAAGUUCCAUCAGUGUGUGAGGCUCUCGCGUUUUGAAAAUGACCGAACCAUUUCGUUUGUCCCUCCCGACGGAGAGUUUGAGUUGAUGUCGUAUCGUUUGAACACUCAAGUGAAGCCGCUGAUAUGGGUGGAGUCAGUGAUUGAGAGACACUCCCACAGCAGAGUGGAGUAUUUGAUUAAGGCAAAAGGUCAGUUUAAGAGGAGAUCUACAGCAAAUGAUGUUGAGAUAUUAAUCCCAGUACCAGCUGAUGCUGAUACUCCAAGGCAUAGGUGUACUGCUGGUACUGCUACUUAUGCUCCAGAGAAGAAUGCACUAUCGUGGAAGAUCAAGUCUUUCCCUGGUGGGAAGGAAUAUGUAUUGAGAGCUCAUUUUGGUCUCCCCAGUGUACAGUCAGAGGAAGGAGAAGGACGGCCACCAAUCUCCGUCAAGUUUGAGAUCCCUUACUUUACAACUUCAGGCAUACAGGUCCGAUAUUUGAAGAUUAUUGAGAAAAGUGGUUACCAGGCCCUUCCUUGGGUUCGCUACAUUACUCAAAAUGGAGACUAUCAACUUAGGACUCAUUAGUUAGCUGUUUUGUGGUUUUUUUAAUCUUCUUCUCUAAGAAUAAUAAUAAUAUUGGCUGUGAUUAUUAUCUUUCAAUUAAUACAGUUUAUUAUUAAUGUAAAUUUAAGUAUGGCUGAAAUUUGAAUAAUUAUA